AUGAAUUUUCUCUAUUUCCUGCUAUUCCUGUUGAGCUUGGCCAAGGCCACUCCUGUGGCUCUUGAAGACUCUUUACUCGAAAACGAUUUCAAGUUCGAAGGCGACGACUCUGUCCCUGUUGUUGAAGACCCUGCUUUUUUCGAUUUGGGUAUUAGAAACACGGAGACUCUGAAUAAGCACCAAAAGCGCUCAGGUCCGCCUUACAACCUUACAUACGCGGUGUGGAAUGUCACUUUCGAAAGACGAAAGGGGGACGCUUGGGACUUCAAGACACCGGGUUGGAUAUAUAGGUUCCCUGGGAUGUAUGGUCCGAAGGAUAACCCGUGA